AUGACACAGAAAUAUAAUCUUAAUAAAAGUUACUUAAAGACUUAUGUUUUAAAUAAUGGUGUCGUCAAUUUAUUUUACAACAAAUUUUUUAGUGUGAAUUGUUUAAGGCGCAAUUCAUGCGUAAACCUUAAAGUUGGCCUAAAAAGCGAGAUUAAAAUGUUUAAUAAUUCCCAAUCUAUUUUCAAAAUUUUGAAUUUAAAAAAUGCUUAUUGUAUAUCUUUUUAUAUUAAAUUUUUAAUAAGUUCAACUAAAAAGCAAAAUUUAUUUAAUGAAGCUUUUUAA